AUCUGAGCAGCUGGGGUGGAGAGCCUACCCCUAGGCGCCUCCGGGGCCGUCUGGCCCUGACCCCAUUGUGCAGACGCACAAACUGAGGCCCGGAGGAGGGAAGUCGUUAAGGUUAAAGAAUGUCCCGGAUCCCUUUGGGGAAGGUCCUUCUGAGAAAUGUCAUUCGGCACACAGAUGCUCACAAUAAGAUUCAGGAGGAGACAGAUAUGUGGAAGAUAAGAGAACUGGAGAAACAGAUGGAAGACGCUUAUCGGGGGACACAAAGGAGAAUAUUACCCAGGAGCUCGAGCCGAAUGCGAAGUGAUGGUUUCGAUGAAGAAAGCCAUCGAGUCUGCUGGAGAACAAAGCAAGAAAUUCCUGGGACAUUUGAAGAUGAUUUGCUUAGGACUCGAUCCUGGAACAGAAAGCUAUAUAAUUAUGAGGCCAACAUGCCAGACAGAUGGGGUCACAGUGGAUAUAAAGAACUAUAUCCCGAGGAAUUUGACACAGACAGUGAUCAGCAAGAUGCUAUUAAUGGAAGAAACACACCUCCCCAGGAAAAGUCAUCUACUCAUGAGUCCCAUAAACGUAAGAGGUCAAAGAAAUCCCACAAAAAAAAGCAAAAAAAACGAUCCCACAAAAAACAAAAGAAAAGCAAAAAGGAAGCCACAGAUAGAGCUGCAGAUUCCUCAAGCGAAUGCUCAGGAGAAACUCAGGUUUCCAGUGCUAGGAAAGGGAAACAAUCACAUAAGCGAAAGAAAAAAUCAAGGAAAAAGGCUCCCAAGAAACCUGCUUCUUUCUCAGAGUCAGAAAGUGAUUCUUCUCGCCCAGAUGAUUCAGCAUCCAGUAGUUCUGAGGAAAGUGAAGAAAAAGAUGCCAAGGAAACCAAAAGGAAAAAGGAUCAGAAAGGUCCCAUCACCCCAACAAAGAGGAAGAGUGAGGUACAAGAGAGGACCAGCAAGCGGAAGAACUGGAAGGUGGCCACAGAUGAAAAGACAGACGAGAGCUCCGAGGAGGAUUAAAAGGAGGGAGGCUUCACCCUCCAGGUUUCCCAGGUGACCCCUUAGACUCGACGGGUGUGGCAGGGACCCUCUUGUUAGAACAAGUGGCCCAAGUGGUGAGAGCUGCCUUGUGCCAUCUGAAUCCUAGCUGAUGGAUUUUCUCCUAUUUGAGCCUGUUAAACUUGAUCCCCUUUUAUUGGUAAUGGGGAAGCUAUUAGUUUUUAUAAUGAAGGUUUCUUGAAGAGAUUACUUUUUACAAUUAGCCACACUCAGUCUCAUGCGCACUAUUCCCCAGAUCAGAGGAAACAGAAGCCAGUGAUCUGGGAACUCCCACUAAAGUGCUCAAUUUGGGGAAAGCAGGUGUUUAGGCCCAAGAGGACAGUGUGGAGAGAUGACUUUCCUUUGUUGAUUAGCCCCAUGUGAAGGCGGUAUGACCCCAAAGAACUCAACAAGGAAAUUGUUGUGGAGCCUUAUUGUUUAAUCACUCCAGAUCAUCCUCUGACCUUCCUUACAGCAGGUGUCAUACCUGGCUCUUCAUUCUCAGCCUUGGUGCCUUUGAUCCUUAGAUACAUAUAUCUAGACCCCCAGUUUGAUUUUAAUAUUGAACUUUUAGUCCUGUUCUGGCUGGCCCAGUGUACUUGAGGAAGUGGGCACAGGAACAAGCCUUUUUUCCCCUUGCAAUAAAAACUACAGGCAGCUGUCACCAGAAGGGAGUGGGGCUUUCUUGGUAUGUUUUCCCCACUGGGUAGGGUCCAUAAACCUGCAUUCUUUAUAGCCCCUGAGCCGAAGUCUGAAUCAGGCAUUAAGUUUCCCAGCGUACUGCUAAAUUUUGCCUGAGUUUAAUUGCGAAGUGGUUUUUUUUUGGCUAUUUAAGAUGGUCCUAGUUUGAGUGGGGUCAAAUUAUGAUCUGACCAUGCUGUCCAGUUGUGUACCCUGAACUGGAUUUGGGAUAUUGGUUACAGAUAUCAUUUAAAUAGUCCUGUCUUUCCUUGUUUUUGUCUCCAAGUCUGUAAAUGAAUUCCAGAUUUCACCUCUAACUAGAAAGUCAGGUCAGCUCCAAAAUAAUGUAGGUCUCUCAGGGACAUAUUUGCCUCUUCCCAGCCUUCAUGGGACUUAAAAUAUCCCCCAACCCCAGCAAAGAAAGCUGGCCUAUUUCAUUUUGUUCAAUUGGGACCUAGGGGUGUUUAAACUAGGACCCCUAGGUUUCCUUGGGGCUAUGGUUAGGAGCAGGGGUAAUGUGGAAUGUACUUUCCAUCCCCCAAAUUCUGUGAUUUAAUGGAUAUAGCUAAACUUUCCCCACUUAGAACAAAUACUUCUGACUUAUGGUGUUACAUAGCUGUUACUUGAUGGUCUGAGAACUAAAAAGGAAGCCUAAUCCUGGUUCCACCAUUGAUAUCCGUGAGGUCCUGAAUAAGUGAUUUAACCUCUUGUGCCUAAAAUGGGAAUAAUACUGACCUCGUUGGGAGUAUUAUAGACAACAAAGGGCAAAAGUAAUGGGAGACAUCUUACAACAAUAGAAUAUAAUUGUUUCCACAUAAUACCUAAGAUUCUGUAGAUAGGAAUUACUUCUCAAAGCCUGUUACACAGUAGGAUUCUACAGUCUACAGAAUUAACCUUCAAAUACAUCUUUGGGCAAAGGCCCUCCAUCCGCUGGUUAACCAGUAGGUGCUACCUUUUUUGGAUGUCUAUAUGACUUAUUAACUCUUCUGGCUCCAGUUUAUGUACUCUUAGCCAGCUACUACUAAAUGCCAGUUUUUAUCAGGAAUUUUUUGAAGGGAAGGCCUGUUACUUGGUAGAGAUUUUAGAGGUAGGAGAGAUUCUAAAUGACAAUCCCUUAACUUAAAGCAAACAGUAUUUUCUGUGGUCCUCUAGGAAAUAGGAUCCUAACUGGUAUUUUUUUUUCAGUCCUUUUUUUCAACAUUUUUUGCACCAAGUUUAUUCUAGACACUUGACAGGUUAGGGGAGUCUCUAGAAGUUUGUACUGUCACAUGAGCCAAGAGCCUUUUCUCAUACUAGCAGCUCCGCCUCCUUUUCUAGUCUAUGUGUCUUUGCUGCAGCCAGGUUUUUAUUUUUGGUCACGUUUACUCUAAUUACUUACAUGUGGGUGUAUGGGAGCAAAAGGGCUGUCCUUGCUCUCUAUUGCCUUCUAAACUCCAAAAUUUCCUUUUCUAAGCCUUAAUUGGCUUCUAAAAUUCUUCCAGUCCCCGAGUGAAAGGCUCAGGGUAGCUUUCAACGUCUCCCAUUUGCACUACCAGCAUUGGAACUCAUUUUUUUCUUGGAUAAGUGUUUUAGGAUUUUCAACUAGUCAGGGAUCUCUGAAUCCUGAAGUAGGAUUUUUUUAAAAAAAAUAAUUAAGACCAGGGUUGGGGGGUCAUAUUUAUCAAAUAAAUGAUGUAAUACAAUCUGGAAUUCCAAAAUUCCAAAUAAAGAAAUUUCAUUUUUUGAA